AUGGGUACACGAUUCAAGGGCGACACCAAAGUUCCGGCGGUGAACGUCACCACCUGGGUUCUUUUGGUCACAAUAAUUUUUAGUGUCUUUGCUCGACUGGGAACUAAAUAUCGACUAUUCCACAAGCUCACCGUCGACGAUGUUCUGAUCAUCGCGUCUCUGGUCUUCGGCAUCAGCCAGGGUAUUGUCGUGUCUUUGGCGGUUGGUUCCGGCUAUGGGAAGCAUAUCAAGAAUGUCUCCAGUGCCGACCAGGUCCAAGUGAUGAAGAAUCUCUUCGCAGGGUCUCUGCUGUACAUCCUGAGUUUAAUGUUCUCGAAACUAUCUAUGAUCGUGUUCAUCCGGAGUCUCACGCCGUCCUCCAAAGACAAAUGGCUCGCCAGAGGAGUAGAGGUCAUCGUCUAUGCCUGGGCGACCGUCGCAAUUUUUGGCUCUGCUUUUCAAUGCGCCGUGCCGCACACUUGGGAUAUCUGGAACGGCCAAUGCUUUGACGAGGAAACUCAACGGGGUCUCCAGCUGGCAUGGCGCUACUUCAUCUGCAUCUCGAACAUCAUCACCGACCUCUUGAUCUUCAGCCAGGCCAUGAUAUUGAUUUCCAGCAUCCAAACGUCGCUGGAGCGACGCCUGAUAUUUGCGGGUAUCUUUGUGCCCCGGCUCUUUGUGGUGGCAGCAAUCAUCGUCGAGAUCUUUUUUAUCAGGAAAGGCACGCAGACCGCCGAUCCGACGUACAGCAUGUGCGAGAUCACGAUUCUGGAAGUGAUUAUUCAGUGCUUGAGCAUCGUGAGCGCAUGCUGGGGACAGCUUAAGCCGUUUCUGUCCUGGAUGCGGUCGAACGGCCUCAAGCUCGAGGGCGUUGAAGACCCGACGACCUGGAACUACAAAAUGAGCUUGCGGUCGCAGACGCAGUCCAAGUCCCGAGACCGCAAGCUUGAGAGUCAUGAGACAUUCCCUCUCCCGAGUCGACGAGGCCAGAAUUUCGUCACGGAGAAUUGGGAACUGGAUAGCCAGUCGAGCCAGGCGCACAUCGUCUCGGAGACCCGCCCAUGGACGAGCGACAGGGGCGACGGGGGCCAAGGAUCUCCCUAA